UAGACACAGAGAGACAGGGAGACUGAGUAACCGAGCAGGGCUUUCUCUCUCUCCUCUCCUCUCUCCAACUCACUGCGAAAUGGCUCUAUCCACCGCUCUCUGUAGCUCAGCUCUUUAAAGUGCUGCAUCUUUCUUUUUUUUUGGAAAAAAAAAGAGGAAAAAUUAAUGCAUACAAAUCUCAGUCCUCACAGUCGAUCUGUCUUCAUCUCACUGGGUGUCACAGAAGUUGGAGCUGUUUAAGUAACUUUAAUUCGUUUUCGAGAAGGGGAAAAUUGAGAUUGAGGACGCAGCAUCGUCGAGGCUUGUGCGCAGGGACUGAUGCAAGAAUCUGUGAACUGAAUGAAGUGAAGAGUGUGAAGAAGGACUAGUAUUGAGGAAACGGGAGAGAGUUGAAGUCAGAGGUACACGGUUUAAGGACGAGGAGAGAAGCAAGACAUUAAGGAUGGGGAGAAAAAAGAUUCAGAUUACACGGAUCAUGGAUGAGCGAAACAGACAGGUGACGUUUACAAAGAGGAAGUUUGGGUUAAUGAAGAAGGCUUAUGAGCUAAGUGUUCUAUGCGACUGUGAGAUUGCUCUGAUCAUCUUUAACAGCACAAAUAAACUGUUCCAGUAUGCCAGCACCGACAUGGACAAAGUAUUGCUGAAAUACACAGAAUACAAUGAGCCGCAUGAGAGUCGGACAAAUUCGGAUAUUGUUGAGACACUGAGAAAGAAGGGCCUAAAUGGGUGUGACAGCCCAGACCCAGACGCAGACGAUUCAGUGAGUCACAGCCCUGAGUCUGAUGAGAAGGGCAGAAAGAUAAAUGAAGAUAUUGAUCUAAUGAUCAGCAGGCAAAGAUUGUGUGCAUUGAACAAGAAAGAAAACAAAGGCUGUGACAGCCCUGAUCCUGACUCCUCUUAUGCGCUCACCCCACGCACUGAAGAAAAAUACAAAAAAAUUAAUGAAGAGUUUGAUAAUAUGAUCAGGAAUCAUAAAAUACCUGCUGUUCCUCCACCUAACUUUGAGAUGCCGGUAUCUAUCCCAGUGUCCAACCAAAACAGCCUGGUCUACAGCAGCCCGGGGAGCUCACUGGGUAACCAUAAUCUUAUGCCGCUGGGCCAUCCAUCUCUGCAGAGGAACAGCAUGUCUCCUGGAGUGACACAACGGCCGCCAAGCGCUGGAAACGCAGGUGGCCUCUUGGGUGGGGACCUUGCAACAACUGGUGCAGGCACCAGUGCAGGAAAUGGGUAUGGAAAUGCCCGCAAUUCGCCAGGUCUGCUGGUCUCACCUGGCAGCAUGAACAAGAGCUUGCAAACCAAGUCACCCCCUCCUAUGAAUUUGGGAAUGAACAACCGGAAACCUGACCUCAGGGUUCUCAUCCCACCAGGUUCAAAGAAUAUGCCAUCUGUGAAUCAGAGAAUAAAUAACUCACAAGCUGCACAAUCAUUGGCUACACCAGUGGUUUCCGUAGCAACGCCUACUCUGCCUGGGCAUGGGAUGGGAGGCUACCCUUCAGCCAUUUCUACUACAUAUGGUACUGAGUAUUCCCUCAGUAGUGCUGACUUGUCAUCUCUGACUGGGUUUAAUACCGCCAAUGCACUCCAUCUGGGCUCGAUGACUGGCUGGCAGCAACAUCAGCUACAGAAUAUGCAGCAUUCAGCUCUAAGUCAGCUGGGAGUUUGUACUAGCACUCACUUAUCUCAGAGUUCAAAUCUCUCCCUGCCUACCACUCAAAGCCUCAACAUCAAGUCAGAACCUGUUUCUCCUCCUAGAGACCGCACCCACACCCCCUUGGGAUAUCCACAGCACUCAAGGCUCGAUGCAGGGCGAUCUCCAGUGGAUAGUCUGAGCAGUUGCAGCAGCUCCUACGAUGGAAGCGACCGGGAAGAUCACAGGAAUGAUUUCCACUCCCCCAUCGGACUCACAAGACCUUCGCCAGAUGAAAGGGAAAGCCCGUCUGUCAAGCGGAUGCGGUUGUCUGAAGGCUGGGCAACAUGAUAAGAAUCUUCAGUAAUCUUUUUUUUCUUGCAGUGUGUGUGUGCGCUACAUUACAAGGCAGGGGAGGGAGGGGGGAAGUUCUACAUUAUCUGUGCCGUGUGUGAAAAAAAAUACGUCAGGUACUCUGUUUUGUAAAAGUACUUUUAACUUGCCUCAGUGAUAUAAAGUAACGUAAAUUGCUGAGAUAACGGCUUUAGCACUUGAGCUGUGCAAAGAAAACCGUUGUACAAUGUAGAUUUAACUGCUAACUCUUUUUCAUUGCCGUGCUCCUUCGCAAAAUGUAUGUUACAAUAGAUAGUGUCAUGUUGCGGGUUCAACGUAUUUACAUGUAAAUAGCAGAUUAAAAGGAAACAUUUGCCAGUGCAGGCAGAUCUUUGCUGAAAAAGAAAAUGAGCUGUUGACGCAAUAAAAUCCAAAAAAAAAAUUAUGUAUAGGCGGUUGACAGACCCAGAAGUAUGGUGAGCGAUCGCAACAAGACAAAUUGGUCCGCUGACAUCUCCGCACGUGUUAACGUAAAAGGCAUAUCAGGAGAGUAUGGCACUCAAUCAAUUGGAUCAGUGGCAUUUAACAGACGACCAUACUUUGCAAAAAAGGAAUAUCGUUAAUAUAUGGCAAAGUCCAAAUUCUGGGUCUGUUUAACAUUUUAAGUGGAUUUUAAAAAAAGAUGUACAUUACAUUUUGCUUAUAUUUUCAUAUGGAAGCAAGAAAAAAUGUUUGCAAAGCAUUUGUGGCUUUUUGUAGUUACCUAAGCCAAAAUGUUUUUUUUUCUUUUUCCUGAUAGCUUUGCUGAUAUUUUAAACAAUCCUAAAAUUAAUGGAAUUGGGUUCGUCAUUCGGCGGCACUCCCCCAAACCAUGGAAAAACUCCACGCUUUGCUAACCAAGAUUACUGUUUUCUCUUUGUAGAGUUUUGCUUCUGAAUUGUGUAUUUCUAAUUAUAUAAAAAUAAUAUUAAGAAAAUCUUUUAAAAUCUGUGAAAUUAACAUGCUUGUGUAUAGCUUUCUAAUAUAUAUUAAUUAUGGUCAUAGCAAACAUUGUUUUGGUUAUCUUAUUAGUGGGAGGGGAUGUAUUUGUGCAUCUGCACAUAUAAGUAACUAAAUUCUUAGGUUUCUUCUGCAGCAUCAAAGUUGGCUGUGUUCAAUAUAACGAGGUUUACCAGUUGGGAGGAUGGAUUUAGUAUGAAUUCUAAACUUUUGCUACUACUUAGGAGUUUAAAAAUGCACAAAGGAGUGAGGCUGCCUCUCAUUUUGGGUACUGGGUUGUUAUUUUAGAUGAAUCCAGGUGUUGAGCCGAAUUUUGCCACUUUGCAUUCAGCUGUUAAAUAGUUACUGUGAAGGUUACAAGGACAUAUACAUAGGUGCAAACUUAGGCCAUUUGGCCCAUCGAGUCUGCUCUGCCAUUCCAUUAUGGCUGAUUUAUUAGCUCUCUCAAUCCCAUUCUCCUGCCUUCUCCUCGUAAUCUUUUGACACCCAGAUAAAACAAGAACCUCAGCCUUCAAUGUACCUAGUAUCUUGGCCCGCACAGCCAUCCAUGGCAACAACCUCCACAGGGUCACCAGCCUUUGGCUAAAGAGAUUUUUCCUCAUCAUUAUGCAGAAUUGCCACAGACAACUGUGGAGGCCAAAUCAAUGGUAUAUUUAAAGUGGAAAGUGAUUGGUUCUAAAUGUUAUGGGGAGAAAGCAAGAGUGUGGGGUUGAGGGUCAAUAAGUCAGCCACGAUGAAUGGUGGAAAAGACUCAAUGGACCGAAUGGCCUAAUUCUGCCCCAAUGUCUUAUGGCCUCAUUUCUGAUCAAUUCUUGACCUAGUCUGACUUUUUGCCACAAAUUAUUUUGGUCUAUUUGGAUUUGUAUCUUUACUAAUCAGAAAAUUUCUAUAUUUGAAGAUUAACAAUGGACGUUUGUCACUAAUACAUUUUAAAUCUCUUCAUAAAAUGUGUGUUUCAAAGAUUCUAAAAAAUAUACAACUAUUAUUGAUCAUAGCCCUUGACCAUAAAGACAUUGGAGCACAAUUAGGCCAUUUGGCCCAUCGAGCAUGCUCCACCAUUCCAUCAUGGCUGAUUUGUUUUUCCUCUCAACCCCAUUGUUCUGCCUUCUCCUUGUAAUCUUUGACACUCAACAAGAGCAUGUUAAUCUCCAACUUAAAAAUGUCCAAUGACUUGCCUUCCACAGCCAUCUGUGUUAAUGAAUUCCACAGAUUCAUCACUCUCUGGCUAAAGAAAUUCCUUUUCAUUUCUAUCCUAAUGAACAUCCUCCUAUUCCGCUGCUGUGCCCUUUGGUCCUAGACUCCCCCACUACAGGAAACAUCCUCUCCGCAUCCACUCUAUCUGUGCCCUCCGGUCCUAGACUCCCCCACUACAGGAAACAUCCUCUCCGCAACCACUCAGUCUAUACCUUUCAAUAUUUGACAGGUUCUCCUCAACAUAAUCAGAAAAUAACCAGAAUUGAUUAGUAUACUUGUUUUCAUCUUGUUCUUUAAGUGUUAAAUGAUAAUUAGGAGGCUAACUGAAAGCUUCCAUUUCAGUUAACUUCCAAGACACCGUUAGCAUCUUAAUUGUAGUGUGUAUGUGUGUGGGUGUUAUUAAAAAAGAACAAUUCUCACUAAUGACUCAGUAUAUACAAGAAUGUCAGGCAGCCACAAAUUCCUAGCAGUAUUUUAAUUAAUCAACUUUUUAAAAAGUAAAUGAUUUAAUAGUAAAUCAAACUUAGAGCAUAAUCUCUUGCUGAUGACAGAUCCAUAUCCACAAUUUUUAAGGAAGUGAAUUGAAAAGCACAACGUCAUUCGUAAUGGGUCGCUCCUUUUCCUGUACCUCCAAUCCUCUACUCGUUGUUACCCAAGUGUUAUAAUUUUGCUGUUUGUUGAACCACAGAACUAUUUUUGAGUUAGCACAUAAUUAUACCGUACUGUGGUUUUAAGAAUUAUUGGGGCAGAGCCCCUUAUAUAUUCUCACUGAUGUACGCAACCCGUUGGCUAUCUGAUUUAGGCAAUCUUCUUUACCGCGAGGCAAAAAAAAAUAAAAGUCAGUAGCACUUUCUUGGGUGGGGCACUUGAAUUAUUUUCUGUUUUAUGAAACUCACAAACAUCAAAAAGCUUGUUACUAUUCUUGACGUUUGCGAUACAUUACUGCUACCUGUAACUUGAAAGCCAGCCGGUGGUGCAGUGGCUUCGAGGCAAAUGAUCCCAAGUUCAAAUCCAGCCGGCUCCAACUCGGCCUUGUAAAAAAGACAAAAAUGCUAAAGAAAUGGUAAAAAUGCUGCCUGAUGCGCCACCAGGCGCGGGAAGGAACAACAAGCAGUAACUUGAGCUGACAUAUCAGAGCCCAGCAGAUGUCAUGCAGUAAGAGUUUUGACAGAGUAUUCUACCUCUAAAGGACAGAAUUUUAUGAAAAGUUGGGUGCCUCAAUGUUACCGAAAUAUUUUAAACAAACAAAAAUAUGCUUAUGCCAUCAAAAUAAACAGAAUUCAGGAAAGGCAUUCUUCAGAAGAAAUUCAGCUGUUUAUAACUCAAUUCAGUAUAUUAUUCUUUUGAAAGUUUAUUUUUUAAAGUCUGACGAUAUAUUUAUUUAUUGUUGGCCAUAAAAUAGAUUUCUUUCUGAGUAGAAACUUCAAGCAGAGAACGGACUUCACACCACCAAUUCCAUUGCAUUUGUUCUGAAAGUCUAACUCUACUAGAAGUCACUUAAUGAAUAAAAUGAAAGUGUUCUUGUAACCACUUUAUUGCUUAAGAAAAGACUAUUGCCUAAAAAAAAUGAAAUUUGAGUGCUUCAGCUGUCAUUGUUUGUAUAAUGUGGCAUUGAUCAUCUGAAAGCUGGUUUCCUACCACCAUAGACUUCAGCAAAGACUGAUUCAAUAUUUAUUUAGUUUACUUAGAGUGCUUCAAGUGCAGAGUAAUGAUAAAGGCUUUUGUUAAUAUUUUAACCAAAGAUGUGGAGCAAUCCAGUUCGCCACAUAGUUUUGCAAAUACGCUUUUCUAAUUGUUAGCAACACUCACACUCACGCAUAUAUGCACAUGCAAACACACACAUACUCGCACACACACUCUCUCACACACAUAUACGCAUAUGCACACAAACACACACAUACACACACGUGCACACUCACACUCUCUCUCUCACACACACACACACACAUACAUAUACACACAAACACACACACACACACACACAAAAUGCUAGAGGAACUCAGCAGGUCAGGCAGCAUCUACGAAGGAGAAUAAAACCGUUUUUAAUUAUUUUCUGUUUUCCAUUGUUUGGGUGUUAAAUAUACUUUCCCUAUUCAUACCUCAAAUUCAUCCAUACCUCAAAACAGUUUAGAGGUCAGUUAAUUAGCCAACAAAGUACGGUACUGGUGCUGAAAAUGAAGGAAAUUUUAUGAACGAUAACCCUGGAUUGCUUUUAGACAGACUAAUAAAAUUGACCCGAAACACCCUUGGAUUGCUCCAACUGGUUUGCUGUUACAGUUUUGUUUUUCUGAGGAUUUGUUUCCAUUAUACAAUAGUAAUACUAAGUGAUUGCUUGUAAAAUGGGGGGAAAUGUGGACGUUUGCAGCACAAAUAAAGAGGCUCACAGCGGCAUAAGCUGGACUUUGUCGCCACUUGAUGACGAAAAGAUGUUAAUAACUAAGUUAACCUACAUCUAUGUAUCUCAAGGGACUUAAUUCAGCUGUCUGUAGUGAAAAUUUUUAUGGGAAAAUUCAAGUUUCUCUCGCUGGAAAUAAGGUAUAAUAUGUAUUUUGCAGACAAAUCAGUAAAGUUACUGGCUUUCAUAGUGA